UUUUCAGCAUUCUCUAUAAAAGGUUUAGUUAGACUACUUAUUGUUACUGACUGUUAGUUUAACUGUUUCUAGAUAUAGAAACGCCUUUUCAAUGUUAUCACUUAUAUAUAAGUACACUUGAUUUAUUCUGCUCAAUGCGAAGUUAUUUAUUUGCAAAUUCGCAAAUUUGCGUGGUCAUUCUGAGAAAGGUCAAGGCCAUUUGGAAACACAGCAUGGCCACCGAAAAGAGCAAGAGUACGUUCCCCCACUUUGCUACCGACGCCAUUCACGCAGGACAAGAACCGGAGCAAUGGAAGUCUAUGGCAGUUGUUCCUCCUAUAUCUCUCGCUACAACCUUCAAACAAUUUGCACCUGCCGAACAUGCGGGAUUUGAAUAUUCAAGGAGUGGAAAUCCUACACGAGUGUGUCUGGAGAAAUGUAUAGCAGCGACAGAGGGAGCCAAACAUGGUAUGUGCUUCUCGUCGGGUUUGGCAACAACAAUGACUAUAACCCACCUGUUGCAGCUUGGCGACCAUAUUGUCAGCAUGGAUGAUGUAUAUGGAGGCACAAACCGCCUGUUCAGAAAUACUGCACCAAAGAUGGGUCUUGAACUGAGUUUUGUUGACUGUACCAAUCUUGAUGAAGUAAAGAAAGCCAUGAAACCAAACACAAAGAUGGUGUGGAUUGAAACGCCUACGAACCCGACCAUGAAGCUUGUCGACAUUGAGGCGGUGUGCAAAAUAGCCCGGGCUGCUUCCAAAGAUGUCUUCAUUGUAGUGGACAACACUUUUAUGUCAUCGUACUUCCAGCGCCCAUUAGAUUUUGGUGCUGAUAUCUCUAUGCAUUCCUUAACUAAGUACAUGAAUGGACAUUCUGAUGUUGUGAUGGGAGCUGCAGCACUCAACAGAGACGAUCUUCAUGAGAAACUUCGAUUCCUGCAAAAUGCAAUUGGCCCAGUUCCUUCUGCCUUUGACUGUUACUUAGUGAAUCGAGGUUUGAAGACAUUGCACGUCCGAAUGCGAGAACAUGAAAAAAAUGGUAUGGCUGUGGCCAAGUUCCUGGAAUCCAGUUCAAGAGUUGAGAGAGUUAUAUAUCCAGGGCUGCCAUCUCACCCGCAGUACGAGCUAGCCAAGCGACAGAUGAAGGGAUUCAGUGGUAUGGUUACCUUCUUAAUCAAAGGUGGGCUGGAACAGGCAAAGACAUUCCUGGGAACGGUUAAGAUUUUCACAUUGGCUGAAAGUCUGGGUGGAUUUGAAAGUCUGUGUGAACAUCCUGGUUUGCAGACCCAUGCCUCAGUGCCUGCCGACCAGCGUGUGGUUCUGGGUAUCUCAGACAAUCUGAUCCGGCUCUCGGUUGGUAUAGAAGAUCUAGACGAUAUCAUUGAAGACAUCGAUAAGGCUUUAAAAGCUGCUAUUCCAUAAAUAACGGUGAUUCUGACUAUUGACUGCUACCGUAAUACUUUUAUUGAGGGACAUCUUUAUAUUAUUUAGAUUUUAUACAAGACAAUCAACAUAUAAUCUGAAUAUAUUGCAUUUUGAAAUGUGGUGGUUACAAGUGUUUUACUUGGCUUAAAAGUGUUUUCAUCUUAAUAUCUGUUAAAAUCAUCUAUAUUUUGAGACAGUGACCAAAAUUUAAAACAAGUCUGUAUGUUCAUUUUGCAAUACAACAUGUUACUACUGUUAUUAUGUAGUACUUACACUCAUAAUUAAAAAAUAUUCCAUUUGAAAUAUAUUGUACGAAAAUAUAUGUUUUGUUUUAGAUAAAAUGAAAUUAGUGCUUAAUAUGCUUGUGCUAAAAUUUUUAGUUUAUGAUUUUUAUUUUGGAUAUCUUUCUAACUUAUGCCGCAGAUGAGGUGUGUUGACUUUAGCAAAUCCGGUGGUUUGUGGCAAUUAAAUAUCAUCAAGUAGUUUAAAGGCAUAUAUGGUGUUAGAGUAAUUUUGUAAUGUGUUAAUUAAAAUGAAAAAAACACAAUGAGACUGUAUCUUUGAAAGAUGUGUUACUUACUUCAGAAGUUGUAGUAAUGUCUUUAUUACUGAUUUUAUGUAAUUUCUUUGACAGUUAUAAAGUUAUUUAAUUCCCAUUGAGGUUGGCUGUUAAGGGAUCAGUACUUUUCAAAAUUUUAACACCACUGUUUGCUGCAGAUUUUUUAAAACAAUAUUGCUUAAUGUUUACUUUUUUUUUUUUUUUGGUGUUUUGUUUUAAAUGUGGUAUUGUUUUUUAAAUUGUUUUUGGGGGUAGUAUUCAUAUUUUAUUUGCUUACAUCAUUUCAAUUUCAAUUUUGUUUCUCCACAAUUUAAUAUACUUAAUAUUCUCUAUAUUUACGGCAUAAUAUUUUCAUAUUACAAUAUUUCUAUAUGUGAUUUUACCAAUGAACACUGACUGCCUGCUUGUUUGGUUUUGAUAUUGUUAAUAUUGUAUUGUGCUUUUCAAAUCACUAGACCUUAUUGUUCACCAGAAAUCCAUGAAUCUGUAUAUUUCUUAAUUGAAAGGUUUGGCUCUGUCUAAAAUAUAGGAAAUUGGCGGUGUAACAAAUGUGACAGAAAAAUCAACCUCCAUUGAUGGGAUUCGAAACACAGACUCUCAGUUCGAGAGUCCAGCGCUCUACCAACUGAGCUAAUAGGGAAAUUCACACUAGCUACUGCCAGUAGGAGCACUUUAUACCAAUAAUACUACAUUUCUAUGAACUGAAUUGAUCAAGCAUUGUUUUCUUUAACCAUUUAACAAAUUUAUUUGGAACAUGGUUGAGUGAAAUCUGCACUUUUUAACUAUUGGCAAAAUUUUGCAGCUAAAUGGAUUAAGUACUAGCACUAACUUCAAGAACAUCUAAUUCAUUUCCUUAAAUAUCCAUUAUCAUUGUGUGCAGAGCAUAUGUGCAUAAGACUGUGAUGUCAUGCAUUUCAACUUGUGUGAGAUCAUGUGUAGAGAACAUUAAUUUUGUUCUCUUAAUAAGUGGCAUUAUUUGGUUGCAAUAUUUUUUGGAAGUGUGGAUGAUGACAUGGUAACAAAGCAAAACUUGUUAAGACAUUUUGGCGAGAAGCCACCAGUUAUGCCGUUUGACAGAACACUGUACAUAGUUGUGAGAUAUUGCCUAUAGAUUGUGCAUAUUUUUAAGAAGUGUUUCAAACAAUUUCAAAGCCUCUUUGUAACAGUGAACAUUCUUGUUAAUUCUGUGGAACGUAUGUAUUUGUAUUCAGAUUUAUUUACAUAGGUUUUCAAAGACAGCUGAAAUUGAUACCAAGUUGUUAUUUGUGUAUAUUUUGAUAAAUGUUUUCUUAUAACCGAACAUAUAUUCAUUAUAUGUAUACCAAUACUUGUGAUUUUAUGGGUUGAUUAUACAGUAGAUUUAUUCAUAUCCAGUUAAAUGAUCUCUUCAGUCCGGUGACUGGUUACUACAUCAGAUAGAUGCUUGAGUAUGGUUUACAGAUGGGGUGGUUUUAUUUGUGGUUUUAUUAUUAUACAAAAAAAAAAAAAUUGGUGGGGGGUCACUAACGGGAAAUAUAUGCAGUCCUCUCAGGUUUUUUUUUGAGGUGUCCCAAAAAAACCUAUUAGUAUUCAUCCCUUGUAUGCAUACCUUUAUAAUCCUUUUGAUGAAUGAUAUUAUUCUCUUGAUUCUGUUGUAAAAGCAAUUUUGUUUAGAAUUAGUUUUUUAUGUUAUUUUCAGUAAUCUAUUUUUAAUAGUUAUGGUAAUUCAUAUACAUUGUACUUGAUGUUUUAUGGUAUUUAUUUUCAAAAAUAUUUGAAACUGGAUUUUUUCUUCUGCUUUCUUCAUUUUCUUUAUUAAUAUGGACUUUUGAAUAAUGCAGUGCCAACAGCAUUGAUGGCUGUGGUUGUGAUCAUUACACAUAAUUCUGGGGCGUAGCCAGAGAGGAAAAAAACACCGAGGCAAACCCAUACCUGUAAAAUAAAUAUCAGUGUCAUGGGAAAAUUUAAAUGAAUCUGGGGAAAUUCUAGACAUGGCAAGUGCCUGGUCUGCCUCAUGCUGGCUACGCAUGUCAUUGCAUAAUAUUUUUACACUGCCAGUUUUCCCUGUGUCUGGUUUAGUAUAACUUUACUAUGUUACAUUGGUGUUGGAGUGAAUGUAGAAAUCAUCUUAUUUAUCAUAAUGGUUAUGGUAAUAAAAUAUUAUUUUCAAAA